GUCCAACACAUUCAUACUAUACGAGGCGUCUGGAAUAUCAUUCACACGUAGUACAUCCAUAAACAAACAUAAUGCAAAUUAUUCAUUGAAGCAGCAGAAACAUUUAUUACAAGUGUUUAUGCCACACUUGACAACAUAGGCAUGCAAGCCCCAAGAUAAUUAUUCAAAAAUAAUAAUAUCCAUGAGCAUCAAUAUCAUUGUUUUUAAAAUGGAAACGGAGGAAGCGCGAACCACGCCUUUUCUCCUUAAAUCUUUCCGAACCAACGGCAAUGGUAGCAACCUUCAAGUUCUACCUGAAACUGUGAGGUGCCCCCCCCCCCCCCCCCCCCCCCCCCCCCCCCGUAAAGGGGAGGUCAGUACUUUGAAGCAUUUGAAAAGUACAAUGACAACUAUACUAAGUAUAAUCAAUGUUUCAAUUUCUAAGACCCUCAAUCUAGGGUAUUAUUACACUAUAGUUAACCUCAUUCAUUUAAUAUCGUUUCACGCUCUAGAGCCCUACUUCUAGUCACGCUCCGUUAUGCUAGAGCUCGGCUCAUGGUCAUACUACAUAAAGCUAGAGCUCGGCUCAUAGUCAUACUACAUUUUGCUAGAGCUCGGCUCAUAGUCAUACUACAUUGUGCUAGAACUCGGCUCAUAGUCAUACUGCAUUGUGCUAGAGCUUGGCUCAUAGUCAUACUACAUUGUGCUAGAGCUCGGCUCAUAGUCAUACUACAUUGUGCUAGAGCUCGGCUCAUAGUCAUACUACAUCGUGCUAGAGCUCGGCUCAUAGUUAUCACUACUACGUGCUAGAGCCCCGCUCUUAGUCACAUUAUCUAAUCUCUAAUCAAACUUCGUAAUCUAGACUCCAUCCAUUUUUAGUAACCUUUAAGGCUUACUCCUAAUGUAAUUUAGAGUUCACAAAGUCCAACUUAAGAAUAUCUCUUAAGGCUAUUUUGAGCGUAUUCAUCACAAUUCAAUCUCUUAAGAUUAUUUCCAACAAACAUUCGAACUAACAUCUCCGACUAGUAUUUCAAUACUAGUCAUUUGACCUUAGCAUAACCAAGUUCCUAACUCAUAGUCGCUUAUUCAUUUCAAUUAAAUUCCUCACACAAAUAUAAUUUAGGUUUAAUAUCAAAAUAUCUCCUUUAUUCUUUCAUGACUUCUUUACAUGAAGUAAAAGUAUAUUUAUCACAAUAAAAUUCAUAGUUAAUACAACCAUCAUGCCAUCAUAUUCAUAACACAUAAUCAUACACAAUAUAUUCAUAAAUUUGUAUAUUAUGCAUCUUCCACUUAUAAAUAAUAAUAAUUUCGUUAGGCAUUAUUAACCAUUAAUAAUCCAUGCAAAUCACUUUUAAUUUACUUAGGCAACCUUAUGAAAUUAACCCAAUAAUUAUAAGCAAUAUAGUCGGUCAUCCUCACCUCAAAUGAGCUUUACACUUUUCCUUCUCAAUCCAAUGCUCAAGACUUCAACCAAGAAAGUUUGAGAACUUAUUCCUUGCUUAUAAAUGAGUGUUAAACAGCCCCCUCAAGGUGCUAGCUCAACUACUAACCGAUGAUACAAAAACAACCCCCAAGAUGGGUGUUUUCCGGCGAAAUCAUUCUCUAACUAUAAAGAGGCAAAACCGUUUCUGUGAGUUUGUGUUUUCCGUCGAUGAUUUGAAGGCCUUCCACGACUCCGUUUUCUGCAAAACAGACCUUUAUGGAUUCCUCGUCUUGAGAGAUUUCUUUUGGCACCUCACACGCCCUAUUUGGGUAAGUAUAUCUCGAGAUAUGAACCAAACAAGCAACCCAACGCACUGGAAAUUUACCAUGCGGACAGUUUUCCUUUCUCUUGCUUUCUUUGGUUUUGUGUGGCUCUACUCCUCAAAAGACUUAUGGAGUACGAAUGAUAUGUGGUAGGAGGCUCUCAAGGCUAUCAAAUAAUGUUAUCUCCUUCAAAUGUAUGGAAGAGAAUGAAUGUGAGAGAAGGUAUGGUCUCCAUGAGGUGUAUUUGACAUGGGUGGGUCUCCCUCCUUCAUUUCUUU